ACUCGGCGAGUCCCGCCAAUUCGAAAGUUGGCGCCAAGUUACCAGCGGGCGGGCGUUUGUGGAGUAGACGGACAGAUUCCCGCCAGCCAGGCUAGCCACUUCCGUGGUGUUCUUCUCUACCAUUCCUUGCCAUGCCUGCCGAGUCGGAUGUGCAGCAGAGCCCCGCGGUUUUUCUGGACUCGGAGGAGCCCCUUAGGGCCGCCCCGCCGCCGCAUGGGGAGCUUCAGUACCUUAGCCAGGUCGAGCAAAUCCUGCGGUUCGGGCACCGAAAGGAGGACCGCACCGGGACCGGGACCCUCUCUGUCUUCGGGAUGCAGGCGCGGUAUAGCCUCCGAGAUAGCUUUCCAUUGCUAACAACAAAAAGGGUGUUCUGGAAAGGAGUACUCGAAGAACUACUUUGGUUUAUCAAGGGUUCUACAAAUGCAAAAGAGCUUUCUGCCAAAGGUGUCAAAAUCUGGGAUGCCAAUGGUUCUCGUGAAUUCUUAGACAAACAAGGAUUCUUUUCUAGAGAGGAAGGAGACUUGGGUCCAGUUUAUGGCUUCCAGUGGAGACAUUUUGGAGCAGAAUACAAAGAUAUGAAUACAGAUUACACUGGACAAGGAGUAGAUCAGCUGCAGCAGGUAAUUGAAACAAUCAGAAACAAUCCAGAUAACAGAAGAAUUAUCAUGUGUGCAUGGAAUCCCAAAGAUGUUUCUGCAAUGGCCUUACCUCCUUGUCAUGCUCUCUGCCAGUUCUAUGUUUUAAAUGGCGAACUCUCUUGUCAGCUGUAUCAGCGUUCUGGAGAUAUGGGACUGGGAGUGCCUUUCAACAUUGCCAGUUACUCACUGCUCACUUUGAUGAUUGCCCAUGUUACAGGUUUGAAGUCUGGUGAGUUCAUACAUACGUUAGGAGAUGCCCAUAUAUACCUAAACCAUAUAGAGCCUCUGAAAAUCCAGCUCCAGAGGGAACCAAGACCUUUUCCCAAACUCAAAAUUCUCCGUAAGGUUGAAAGCAUCAAUGACUUCAGAGCAGAUGACUUCGAGAUAGAAGGCUAUAAUCCUCACCCAACUAUUAAAAUGGAAAUGGCCAUUUAGUAGACUUGUCAAAGGUAUAUUACUUAUCUUAAUUUUAAUAGUAUUCAAAUCUCUUAGGUCAAAAAUAUGGCCCAUUUUUGUAGUAAAUGAUCUUGGCUUUCAAAUGGAUUUUGAAGCUUAGGCAUAAAUUAAUAUGUGGUGUAUUGUAUAGUUCAUGUAGCACUUGCUUGUGCAGCAGACUCAUUUCAAUAAAGUGUGAAAGUUUUGAAGUGUA